AUGGUCAGAUUAAUAACUCACAACAUGUUAGCAUGUCAUGUCAAAAAUUGCACGAAAGACAACUUCCCACUGUCAUUCUCCGAAGUUGAACUUGUUAUCCGACCUGCACCUGAGAAUUUGGAAUUCAUACAGAGGUUUUUACCCAAGCUGGAUUGGCCAGCUUUGGUAGAUACCGCUAGAUCUCUCGGCGACGAGAGUCUACCCGAACAGAUGCCUGAUCAAUGGACAGAAGAUCAGUUGAAAGCUUUACAUCAUGUCUUGAUGGAGCUCCACGUAGAAGAAGGUAACAUGACUUGUCGAGGAUGCGGACAUGUAUACCCCAUUUCAAAUGGUAUACCAAAUAUGUUAUUAGCAGAACAUGAAGUGGGACGAUAA